GAUUAAAAAACCUUCAUUUGAAAAAACCUUCAUAGAAUCAGCAGUGAGAUGGAUUGAUCGUUAUCAUAUUAACGAAAUAAUUUGGUGAGAUGCAACACGUGUCAUUUUAGUGCGGUAUUAACAACAACAGUAAGUACGCAUUUUCCCGCUCAAACGACAUAAAAUGUCAAACUAAAUGUGCACAAUGCCAAUUCAGUGAGUACAUGUACAUAACCGUGCAAAAUUGUGUUUCCAAAAACGAUAAAAAAAAGACCCACCGAAAAAAACCAAUAAUAGUCAAUUUGUGAUAUAUGUAAAGUUGGGAAACGUUUCGAAAUCGUAAAUAUUUUCAAGAUGACCAGCGAGAUAUGUAUAAUGUGCAAGCAGAAUGUUGAUGAUGUUUAUCGAUUUGGUGAAAAAAUCACUUUCGAAGAUGUGACAGCGCAUUAUUUUUGCUUGCUAUUGAGUGGAUAUUUGGCGCAGAAAGGAGAUGACAAUCAAGGUAUUUUCGGUUUUAUGCCAGAUGAUAUAAAGAAAGAAGCGAAGCGAGCUAAAACAUGGCGAUGCAAAUUUUGUAAGAAAGCCGGAGCAAACAUUAGCUGUUGCAAUACCAAAUGCCGUAAGGCUUUCCAUUUGGCAUGUGCCGCUGAGCACAAUUGUCGCUUCGAAUUCGUGAACUCAUUUCAGUCAUUUUGUGAUGCUCAUCAUGAUAUUAAAAAACCGAAUCAUGUCCAUAAGCCGACCGAUUUAUGCACGAUUUGCUAUGAUGAAAUGGGCAAAUACAAUCUGAUUCAAUCCAUCCCAUUGCCUUGUUGCAACAAAAAUGCAUGGUGCCACAAAUUAUGCCUGCAGAAAUACGCUCAAACAUCGGGCUACUUCUUGAAGUGUCCGCUUUGCAAAGAUUCGGAUAACUUUCGAAAUUUCAUUGCUGAACGUGGUGUCUUCAUUCCAGACAGAGAUGCCAAAUGGGAAAUUGAUGACUGUGGAACAAACACUUUCUACGACUUUGAACAGCACACAGAACGACCGUCUGAAUGUGAGGCAAAAAUAUGCAAAUGCCACAAAGGUCGAAAUUAUCAGGUUGAUAUUGAAAAUGAUAAAAAUUCGCUGGUGUAUUGUCACUACUGUGGCUCGCAUGCCGUUCACCUGGGCUGUUUCAAAGGUGAAGAAUUCUUGUGCGAAGAAUGCUCAACAAUUGUGAAUCGAGCUAGGGAAAAUGCUGCAAAUACAUCAUCGGCCCGAGGUGAUCGUGAAACAAACAGUCGACGAUCAGCUGCUAAUCACAGUCGUUCGAUUACACAAACGCCGAGCAUUGCUGGUGAAAAUCAGAGCGGCGUUAUGGGAAUACAUAGUGAAGAACGAUUCGGUGGAUAUUCGCAAUCUCACGCACAUUUAGUGUACAAAUUCAAACUGCGGGAAUUCAGUAUCAAUAUAAAGCGUAUAACACAGAAGCGAAAUGAGAGCUCAGAAUACAAUGAAUCCAGUGAAAUUCAGAUGAAAGACGAGAGGGUCAUUAAACCCGUGAUUCUGAGAAAUAAAAGAUCGAUUAGAGCUAAGAGAUCUCGUCAAAAUCUCCCUCAAAAUCAAUUCUUUGAUUCCGAUGACACGGAUGACGUGGGAACUAAGGUUGACAUCAACAAUAAUUGCAUAGAUGCAGAAUUGUCAAAUGGAAGUUUUCGAUUGAAACAGCAACACAAAGCGUACAUCACAAAAUGUGAUUCGAAGGACCGCAAAAUGGGACAAAUCGAUCAAAACAACGAAUAUUUAUGUGGACGAUGUGGAUUACCUGGGGACAAGGCUAUUCACAAAACUGAUUACAUCUGCGAUGAUUGCGAGCUAGAGCCUUCUCCAAAGAAACGAAAGAAAAAAUCUGGCUACGUUGAUGAUUUGGACAGUCAUCUUAAAGAUAUGAAUAAUAACAACAUUCCAAUGUAUACCAAUACCAAUUGCUCACCCAAGACACUCAAUCAUUUUGGUCAAUUUGUGCCGGAAAAAUUCAAAAUAUUCUUAAACGAAGAACGCAAUUCUUUCUGAAAAUUACACUAAAAGAAAAUAGUUAUAGCUGCUAAUGUUUGUUGACCAAAAAUGCACACUGUUUGAAUGAAUUUGUUAUGAAAAGACGAUAUACACUUCUGUAUGUUAGAAAAAAGAGGAAAUGAAUAUAUUUAUUGUUCGCAAUCGAA